AUGUAUCGAGGGAUAAAGUUGGGUCUCUUCAUCUACCUAUGGCAUCCAAACACAAAGGGAAGUGAGUAUGUUUAUGAAACCUUUUUGCGGCCUUACUUGUUGAAGUACGAAGCCGAUAUAGAUAGAAGUCUAUUCGAGGCUAAGGAAAGAGCUUUGAACUCGGCAAAUUAUUAUUGCCACCAUUGCACUAAAUUGGGUUCCAAAUUUGUUGUUCAAUUUUUCCAAUUUUUGGUGUCACAAUCUUCAAGCAUUAAACAACCUUUUGGAUCUCAGCUGCACAAUGCCCAAAAUCAACAAUCUAGCACGACACAUCCACUGCUGUCGAGCAAAUCUUCCCGAAUGCUCAAGAGGAGCAUUUCCGACAAAUGGCGGCCGCCUGUUCCAUUAGUGGGGCCCAUGGCCCCACAUCUCAGCCAAGCGCCCAAAUCCGAGUCCAUGAAAGUCCGACACCAGAGCCAGACAAAGUUUAUCCAUGCCGAAAAUAGUGGGCCCGGCGGCCAACCCGACGAUGAUGCAGAUAAGAUCAAAAGCCAUUAG